GUCACUUACUGCCACCUACUGGUUGGUGUCUGAACAAAGUGGAAGUGGAAUGUGCCUGCUUGUUUACAUUUCGUGCUGUUUUUACCAUAUAUGUCAAUGUAUAUUUUGCCAGUGAGUUUUACAACCACAGUGGUUGCUUGUGCUUACGUUCAACAUUUGCGCUUUGAAUGUGCGAACUUAUCUUUAGUACGCAUGGCAAUAGGCAUGUUUAGUAGGCAUGUUGGGCACCAUACCAUUUGAAUCAUUGUGGUAGCUUGCCUUGCUGUGUAGCCUACUGUAAUGAGAGUUGAGAGAGAUCCAUUCCACAUUGAACCGACAGAAAUAACUGUAAAUGGACCGUGGAGGAAGAGGACGUGGAAGAGGAGGAAGGGGGAGGCGAGGUAAUCGUGUAGAGGUAAGAGAAGAGACUGAUAUUAGUCCCUUUUGAGCUGUGCCCUAUUUCUAUCUUUCCUUGUCCCUUCUCCAGUGCCGCUUUACAUGCUAGUCGGAACUAGAAAACUCGGAAAUUAUGACUCGCUAACUAGUUGUAGUUAAUCACGUGCCGCGUUCAACGAAUAAGCUAAUCAGAAACUCCCGAGUUUCCUAGUUCGGACUAGACGUAUGGUUAUUCUGUUCUAUUCUAGCUAGUAGCAGGGUUACUGGAAAGCAUCUGGAGAUAUUGUUUCCCCUACAGGUUAUAGAAAGAGCAGAAGCUCUGAGUCAGACCCCUGUCCUACCUACAGGUUAUGGAAAAUGAGCUAUUUUAGUAUUUCUCCAGUAGGUUCCCUGAAGGAGAAAACUUCCACUGCUAUGUCAAAGAUAAUAAAACAACAACAGUACCAGCAUUAGCAGGAAAUAUGCCUACUAUAGCAGGGGUGUCAAACAAACGGGCCGAAACUGUGUAGACAUGAUAAUGGACCUAUAUUGAUACAGUUUCUUGACUGUCCAGCUCGCUAAUAACCACUGUGCGCAGUCAAUGGACCUACAUUCAUACAGCUCAUACAGUUUCUUGACAGUCCAGCUCGCUAAUAAUCACUAGACAGUUAAGACAUCGAACAUUUCAAAAACUUUUUUGACGGUAAGGAAGUAUAACCAACCUCGUUGAAGACCGAAUGCGUACAUUAUUGUACUACAGUAAUGUACGCAAAAACACUACAGUAAAUACUACAGUAUACUACAAUCCGUAAAAACACUAAAUUCAUUACUAUAGUAUAUACUACCGUUUUCUUUUACUGCAGUAUUUAUACUAUAGGUAACUGUAAUUACUACAGUAUACACUACAGUAUUGUUGGACUAAAGUCUGUAAAAACACUACAGUGAAUACUUAAGCAAUAAGGCCCGAGGAGGUGUGGUAUAUGGCCAAUAUACCACGCCUAAGGGCUGUUCUUAGGCACAGCCCUUAGCCAUGGUAUAUUGGCGAUACAGCACAAACCCCCGAGGUGCCUUAUUGCUAUUAUAAACUGGUUACCAACGUAAUUAAAUAAAUGUUUUGUCAUACCCAUUUUAUACGGUCUGAUAUACCAUGGCUGUCAGCCAAUCAGCAUUCAGGGCUCGAACGACCCAGUUUAUAAUAUAGUAUUUAAACUAUACUGUAGUAUUUUCUUGUGUGGGUCACCACCAGUGUACAUGUGUUGCCUUUCAGGACAAGGAUGUCAGCCUGUCCAAGUCUCUUUCCUUUGCCCUGCGCCAUGGAGCCAAUCAGAUGGGACUUCACAUGAAUCCUGGUAGAAAUGCAGUUUAUUUAGCUGCAUUUUGUCUAGCUUAUAAUAUCACUUUACCAGCAUUUCAUAUUGCUGCACAAUAAACAUUACAUGCAAUCUACAAUCUGUACUCCUCAUUUAGGUCUGAAUAAUAAUGUUCUCCCUCAUUGUCCCUAGAUGGCUUCCUAUUUGUGGAGGACCUACUGGCUCAUGCACAGUUCCACUCCUUCUCAUUGGAGGACGUGAAGAGAGUUGUGGCCACCAAUGACAAGCAGCGAUUCAAGCUCUGCCCACACCCUGAGGACGGGCGGCUGCAGAUCCGAGCCAAUCAGGGACAUUCUGUGCAGGUAGGAAAAAAAUCUAGGGCUGUGCUGGAAAUGUGGCACCCUAUUUCCAAAAUAGUGCACUACUUUUGGCCAGAGCUCAGCCCACUUAGGGUCAAGAGUAGUGCACUAUAGAGAAUAGGGUGCCAGUUCUGACGCAUCCCUAGGUGGCGCAUGACGUGGUCAUAAACAAUGACAAAACAGUGCCAGGUCUAGUGUCAGUAGUAAGGGUCUGCUGUGUGUCUGUCUGGGCAGGUGUGUGAUCUGGACCUGAAGGCUGUGCAGCCUGGUUCUCCUGACUGUCCCAGGGAGGGGAUCCAUGGCUCCUAUCUCCGCCUCUGGCCCUCCAUCCGCUCCCAGGGCCUCAGCCGCAUGAACAGAACACACAUACACCUGGCCCUGGGCCUACCGGGGGAGGACGGGGUCAUCAGCGGUAAGAGAGAUGGGGGAGAGAGCACUGUGAAAGUAUUUUGGCCCAAAUACUCCUUGAUCAUAGCCUACUCCUGGGUUUAAAAGCAUGCUCAAUGAAGGAUUUCCUAAAGUGCUUUUAGUCCCGGAAUUGGCUUAAUCUGGGUCUGGGAAACUCCCCAUAGAACCUCUCAUAGAUGGGCUCCCUUUUGUGCCUUUUGCUCCAGGCAUGAGGAGAGACUGUGACCUGGCCAUAUUCAUUGACGUCCCCAAAGCAUUGUCUGGUAAGAGCAACCGAGGUCAUUUACAGUAGCAGAGUGCUGCCAUUGUAGUGCUCUCAUGUCUAAAUGCAUAUUUUUCUUUAUGUGUUUUUGUUUCUUGUGCAGAGGGUAUCCAGUUCUUCUGGUCGGAGAACAGUGUAUUGCUGACACCUGGGGAUACUGAGGGGAAACUACAUCCCCGAUACUUCAGCCGUGCCCUAAAACUAAGACCCACACGUGAGUACCUCGCAUAUGACACACACUCAUGAGGGGAAGGAUGUUAGAUGGGAGGGAUGAUGGAUAGAGAGGGAAGUGAAUAUUGACAAAUUAUAGAAAUCUUCUGUUUCAGAGAGUAUUCUGCAACUGGAGUAGGUGAAGAGCUUAUCUGUGCUUUGGAGGUAAAAGACAUGGCUGAAUGUGUUACCAGACGUCUGUUGAUUUCCAGUUCUGUCUAGACUGUUUCCAUGGUAACCGAUACUGUUUGAGACCAGCACCCUGAAGACUCUGGGUGAAUAAGACUGUGAGACUGAAAACACCUUCAACAACAACUCAACAACAGCUCUAUUACCAUACAGGCCACAGUACAGGCACAGAGACUGACUGGUAUUCCUGACAACACUGUCACAUGACAAAGACACAAGAGGAUGCUAUCAGAUGGCAACCAGCAGGUACAAGUUGUGGGUUAGCCAACAGACAGUCUCCACUGUUCCACAGAGAUAGGAACACACACACUGCCUGCCUGUGGCUUCCUGUGCAGUUAGUCACAUUUCAGGAAACUCUGCCACCAUACUCUUAAGGACACAACCAUCAAGCCAAAUGCCUCAUCUGGAAAUUAAAACACCUGUCAACUGUUUUUAUAUAUGUCAAUAAACAUAUUUAAUUCUGG